GAGUGAAGACAGUCUCACUCGGCUGACGGUGACGUUAGCAUUUUAUCAUGACGUCUGACUCAAAGAAAUUCAAGCAGCCAACACUGUUUGAGUUAGCGUUCGAUGGAGGCUACGGAGCACAAGAAUCAGGGAUGCGGAAUGAACAAAGGCAACUGUCGCAAGAAUAUGUACAACCUGCGACGGCGACCCUCAGCAAAAGUCAACUACAGGAGCCGGAGGGUUUGCAAAGCAGUCUCCUUCAGAUUGCAAUUAGACAUACAAGAGAGCUAACUGCCGAUGACAAGUACCGUUUGCUAACUACCGUGCAAGACGACAUCCGGGAUGAGGAGUUGGACACAAGGUCAUUUCCUGCUGGAGAUCCUGAGGGUAAAAAGCGGAAGGUCAAGCAGAUUACAUUUCAAAGAAGGUGGCUUCGAGAGGAUAACUGGCUUCGCUAUGGUAAAUCAAGGGAUGACAAGGGAGGUUGGUGUCUACCGUGCAUUUUAUUUCUUACUCCUGAUGAGAUGAGAUCUCUUCACCUUGGCGUAUUCGUUAGAACCCCGUUUGUUAAUUACAACAAAUCCAAAGAGAUUCGUGGUAGACAUGCGACAACGGAAUAUCAUUCAUGA